UUUUUCUCCAUCUUCGCUUUCGCCACCUGCGGCGGCUUCGAGGGCUCCGUCACCCUCAGGGUCACCUGCCCGGGGCCCGACAAUGGCACCGAGGUGACAGCCACCUUCGGGUACCCCUUCAGGUUGAACCAGGCGGUGUUCCGGCCCUCGCUGACUCACCUGUGUAACCACACCUGGCCGCAGGACGUGCACCUGGUGGGCGACUUCUCCUCGGCCGCCAUGUUCUUCGUGGGCGUGGCCGUGCUGGCCUUCCUCUACAGCCUGGGGGCGCUGGGCGGCUACCUGGGCUACCUGCACCUGUACAGGUGUGCGGGGUCCCGCCUGCCCCUCGCGGACCUGGCCGUCUCCGCCCUCCUGGCCGUGCUGUGGCUCGUGGCCUCCUCGGCCUGGGCCCAGGCCCUGCGGCACGUGCGGGCGGCGCUGGGCGCGCCCCUCCCCCACUGCCCCUCCCCCACCGUGGGCUGCGCCCCCGCCGGGGUCACCCCCAUGGGGAGUCUG